AGGAACCGCGUGUUUCUGAGCCAGCCACAUUGGGGUUUAUUGUGUUCAGGGACAUGCUGCAGUCUGCUUUACUAGAACAUCCACCCAAUCAUUGUAGAGCCAAAGUUUAUCUUUAAAAAGAAAAUAGGAAUUUAAGUUGCAUUUUAGAUAUUGCGCAACUGCUGAGUUGAGAAUUUGUAAAUCUUCUUUUUAGUAUUUGACAUUACAGGCUUGUAUAGUACUUUCAUAUAUUAAUGUUUUAUUUCCAAUAGUGAAUAUUCAUCAAUGAAUACAGACUACAGCGAUUAUAUAUAUAUCCUUUUUUUUAAUUGUCUUCUUUAAUUAAUAAUACACACCCGCAUCGUAUUUCCAGGUUAGGAUCUUAAACACACCUGUCAGAGGUAGACUGUGCUUGAUUGGGACGGAGAUGGCUACGGCUACAAUUCAAACGGUAAGUUUGGCACGUGCACAGGAGAAAAAGGAGCAAAAGAAGAGUCCACAUGAUGUAAUCGUAAGAGAAGCCGCCGCUUCGCUGGAGAGAUGUGUGAAGAGCCCAUUGCAGAACAGAUGGGCUCUAUGGUUCUAUAAGAAUGACAAAAGUAAAACCUGGCAGGCGAACCUGCAGCUCAUCACCAAGUUCGACACAGUGGAGGAUUUCUGGGCAAUAUAUAACCACAUUCAAGUUGCCAGCAAGCUGUCGUCGGGCUGUGACUACUCUCUGUUUAAGGAUGGGAUUGAGCCCAUGUGGGAGGAUAGGAGGAACAAGUGCGGCGGCCGCUGGUUAAUUACUCUGUCAAAGCAGCAGAGGCACACCGAGCUUGAUCGGUUUUGGCUGGAAACGCUCCUGUGCAUCAUCGGAGAGUCCUUUGAUGAUUACAGCGAUGAUGUGUGCGGAGCUGUCCUCAAUGUCCGUGCAAAGGGAGAUAAAAUCGCCGUCUGGACGACCAAUACAGAAAACAGGGAGGCUGUCACUUGCAUUGGGCGCAGGUACAAGGAAGGGCUGGGGCUCCCUGCAAAGAUAGUGAUUGGCUAUCAGGCUCAUGCAGACACCGCGACAAAGAGCAACUCCCUUGGCAAGAACAAGUUUGUUGUCUGAGAGGCUGUGAUGGUCUUGGUAGAGGAAGCAGAACUGCAGUGUUAACUUCAGUUAAUGUCCUGACGUGUGGUGUUUUUUUUGUUUUUUUUUCUUUGGGGGUGGGGGGGCAGUGACAUGGCUGUUUUUGGUUCGUUUUCAUUGAGUGUGCAGCUCUUGCACUGUUCUGUUAUCUAAAGUAAAUGAAUGUGUGGAGAUGCAAAUGGUUUUGUUUAGUUGCAUAGACUGACUACAUUGUCCCUCUGUGUAUAAAAUAAAAAUAUAUAUUUGCA